AUGCCUCCAGGUGAUCUAGCGUACUGGAUGGGGAAAUUUGUGCUUGAGGUUCGCAAACAUAAUGGCUAUGAGUAUCCACCGAAAUCUAUAUAUGCUAUGGUUUGCUGCUUCAAAAGAUUUUAUAACCAAAAUGAACGCUAUGAUAUCAAUCCACUAUGUUCAACUGAUGCAAUAUUUGGAAAUUUUCGAAGCACCCUCGAUGCUGAAAUGAAAAGAUUACAUGGAUCUGGCUUGGGGACAUCUUCGAAACAAGCCGAACCUAUUUCCUCGGAUGAAGAAGCAAUGCUAUGGUCUAGUGGGCAAUUUGGUACACAUAAUGGCAAGGCCUCGCUUAACACUGUUUACUACUAUAAUUGCAAGAUUUUUGGUCUGCGUAGCUACGACGAACAUCGCAAUCUGAAGCGUACACAGUUUUUCAAGAAAGUUGAUGAAAAAGGUCGUGUUUAUCUCGAAUAUGUUGAUUUCGGAAACAAGUCGAAUAGGGGUGGACUCAAACAUAUCAAAGUUGACAAUAAAAUAAUACGCCAAUAUGAAGAUACAACUGAUCCCGAUCAUUGUGUUGUGAAUAUCUUUGUUAAAUACCUUCUGUAUCUGCCGAAAGAGUGUGAUUUUUUCUAUUGCAGACCACUUCCUGAUGACGGUUCUGGAGUUCCUAGAUUUGGCAAACAACCAGUUGGAAAGAACAAAUUAUCGCAGAUCAUUUCAGAAAUGUGUAAAGCAGCUGGUGUUAAGGGUAGAAAAACAGGCCAUUCAGGAAAGGUCACGUGUGCAACCACACUCUACCACCAUCAUUUCAGUGAUCAACUGAUUAAAGAGCGAACUGGCCAUCGCUCUCUUGAGGCUCUACACAAAUACAAAAGAACUGGUUCAGAUCAACAAUAUGAGGUGUCAAUGGCCCUGCUUCCCAAACUAGAAGGCAAAGAGAAUAUCCAUAAAUUAGAGAAAACUCCAUCUGUAAAGAAUGAGGACGAUGAGGAUGAUGAUUUCAUUCCAUUAAAGAAGAAACCCAGGACAGAUGAUUUCAAAUCUUUGUUUAAAACCUCUUCUUUAACCAAUUGCACCUUUAACAUUCAACUUUCUAAGUGA